UUUUUAAGGUGAAAGCCCGUCACUGCUCAGUCGAAGACAGUUUGAACGGAAGAACAAUUAAAGUUACCAUUGUUAAGGCUUAAUUCUGGAACCUCCAAGACCACUCGGAGCCCCAGUCCAACUUAUGGACUUGUGGGAAGUUUAUGAUGAUUGUGAAUCUGGAAGGAGGUUCUAUGUCCACUCCAUCAGCAAAGAGAGAACAUGGAAACCACCACGGUCCGUUCCUCCAAAGAAGGAUGAUAAGCUUAUUUCACAGUUGGAAACAUCUUUUGAAAAGCUGAUUUCAACACCAAAAAGCACAGGGGCUGUACAAAUGAGGAUCAAAAGUGCUAACUUGCAAAGUGAUAGACUUAGCCAAAGUAAAUCGAUGGUCCUAGAAAGCUCUGGAGAAGUCCCAAAACCAAUAUCACGCCACAGAAGGAAUCAUUCCCAACAUUGUAUUCCUGACAAAAUAAUUGUAAAUGACAAGCUGAUAUCUAAAAAUAAAGAAGGAUUACUAAAUAAAACCAAGAUAACAGAAAAAGGCAAGAAAUUAAGAAAAAACUGGACCACAUCUUACGUUGUUCUUUCCGACCAUCAGUUAGAGUUCUACAAAGAACACAAAGAAUCUGUAUCAAAUUCGAAAUCGGGCAUUAAAUCUGAAUGGAUAGAUUUAUCUGGAGCUAAGAUUGAAUGGGCUAAAGAGAAAUCCAGCCGAAAAAAUGUGUUUCAGAUCACAACUCUAUCAGGAAAUGAGUUCCUUCUCCAGUCAGAUGAAGACUUUGCUGUUCUGGACUGGUUUCGCACAAUCAAAAACACGAUUGACAGCUUGGGAUCAGAACAACGAUUUUCAGCACUGGGCAUUAAUAUUCCAAAAUGUUCAAGCACAGAAUUAUUACACGUUGGACCUGAAGUGAAAGACCAGAAGAGUGAACAAAGGAAGUCAAUGCUAUUUAAAUUAAACUACAGUGCGUCAGACACCUGUGACAGAAAUCGAGUGAGGACAAGAUUAAAGAAGUUUAUUUCUCGUAGACCAUCCCUGAAAACUCUACAAGAAAAAGGACUUAUUAAAGAUCAAGUAUUUGGUUGUCAUUUGGAGACCCUCUGCAAACGUGAAAAUACAACUGUACCACAUUUUGUUAAAUUGUGUAUUGAAGCUGUUGAAAAAAGGGGCUUGGAUACUGACGGUGUAUACAGAGUUAGUGGAAACCUAUCUACGAUACAGAAGUUGCGAUUUGUUGUAAACCAGGAAGAGAAGCUGAAUUUGGACGACAGCCAGUGGGAGGACAUCCACGUUGUCACCGGCGCACUCAAGAUGUUUUUCCGAGAGCUGCCUGAUCGUCUGUUCCCAUACUGUUUCUUUGAACAGUUUGUAGAAGCAAUAAAAGUUCAAGACAAUGAUGAGCGUGUGAAAGCUAUGAGGAUCCUUGUAAAAAUGUUGCCACCCUCCAACCAUGACACAAUCAAAGCCCUGUUUGAACAUCUCAGGAAGAUCAUAAUUAAUGCACCCGUGAACCUAAUGUCAACACAAAGUCUGGGGAUUGUAUUCGGACCCACGCUCCUGGGACCAAAAACCGACAGUGGGAAUAUGGCUGUUUGUAUGGUUUACCAAAAUCAGAUAGUUGAACUCAUGCUGAUGGAGUUUGAAAGAAUUUUUGUGUGAAUUUAGAACCUAUUAAAAUACGAUGUUUGAUUGAUUAAAAGU